AUGCCAGCGGCGGGGAGCGCGGCGGUUCGGGAGGAGGGCACCUGUCUGCCCGCGCCUCCUCCCGCCGCCCGGCGCGGCUCGGCAGCUACGGAGGGGCCCGGCGAGGCGCCCGCCGCGCCUCCGCGCGGGGCGGGGAGCGCCGGGGGCCGCCCGCAGCACGGCGGCCGCCCCGCAGGCGAUCCCCGCCCGCCUCGCCGCCGCUCCGUGGCUCCCUGUAACCCUACCCAGCGGGGCUCGCCGCCCGCUCGCCGCCGCUACUCCCUCCUCCUUCUCCUCCCGGCGGAGGCUCCCGGACAGGCGGGGGCAAGCGGAGGAGACCCUUCGGGAAAGCCAAGGGCACCCGGGCGGGGGCGGACAGGAGCCUCUGCGGGCCCGGCGGCCCGCGGAGAAUGGUGUGGGUGUCGGCGGGCGGGCGGGCAGGGCCGGCGGGCGCGGCAUCCCCGCGGGCAGCAGCGCUCGGGCCGGGAUCGGGAGCGGAGCCGGGGCCCCGCCGGCCGCGCCAUCCCUGGCGGCGCGGCGCCCCCUGGCGGGCGCGGCGGGAGGCGGCGCAGGGCCUCCCCCCGUCACCCCCGGUGCCCCGGGGCGUCCCCAAAUAAUGGUAAGUUAAUUGUUAACGUAUCGUACCCAACCCCUGAGGCGGCCGAAAGGGUGAAAAUAAGAGGUCGCGCUCCUCUUCGUGCCGGGUGUCCUGUGUUCCAGCCAGCUGCCUGCCCGAGUUCCGUCCAGUCUCGCGGUACCCGCGUCCCGAAGGCUGCAGCAGGUUGUGCCCGGGUCCUGUGUGAGCAGUCCCUGCGGUAA